AUGCCAAGUGGACCACCAAGAUACUUCAUACACGAUAUUGUUGAUGAGGAGGUUGAUGUGUUUGCCAUCGGAAAUGAGUUUGAUCAAACAGAGAUGAAACGAGUGAUGACAACAGCUUCAAUGUGCACUCCUCAUAUAGCCACAAUGCGACCUGACAUGAACCGGGUGCAGAUGUUGCGUGGAGAAGACCGUCCAGCUGAACUGCAGCAUAAGACAUGUCAACGAGCACCGGUGAUUGUGAACGCGUGCUAUCUUCUGGAACUUAUCCGCCACAGGAUCCCGAUUUAUGGUUACCCUAGUGAGUUUUACGGACCUACAGGGCCAGAAGCUUCUCAAGCUCAAGCAUUUACUUUUCUAGUUAGAGACCAACGUCUUGGAGCUAACGUGGGGUCUGCUCAAGGACCUACAGGUUUAGGUAAAUACUUAAUGCGUUCCCCGACUGGAGAAGUUAUUUUUGGAGGAGAAACAAUGCGUUUUUGGGAUCUGCGUGCUCCCUGGUUAGAACCUUUAAGGGGUCCUAAUGGUUUGGACUUAAGUAGGUUGAAAAAAGACAUACAACCUUGGCAAGAACGACGUUCUGCAGAAUAUAUGACUCAUGCUCCUUUAGGUUCCUUAAAUUCUGUAGGGGGCGUAGCUUCUGAGAUCAAUGCAGUCAAUUACGUCUCUCCGAGAAGUUGGUUAUCUACCUCUCAUUUUGUUCUAGGAUUCUUCCUAUUCGUGGGUCAUUUAUGGCACGCGGGAAGAGCUCGGGCAGCGGCAGCAGGAUUUGAAAAAGGAAUUGAUCGUGAUUUUGAACCUGUUCUUUCUAUGACUCCUCUUAACUAAAGUAGUAGUUAAAAUAGGAAAGUAAAAAUCGGGUCAUAUUAAAAAGUCUUCUUUCUUUCUUUCAAUUCAAUCUCGUUUUUUCUGGCUCGGCUGGAUAGUAUAGCCGAGCCAUUCUCCUUUUUUAUGAUGCUAAGAAGUAAAAAAAGCCAAUAAAGAAAAAAA